AAUUAUUUAACAUUGCAUAAUAUCUUUCUAAUUAUAUCGCCGCUUUAAAUUUAAGCAAGACCGGAUACAAAUAUUUUAUUUAUUCAAAUUGGCCAAUUACGCAAUAAAACUUUUAGUCUCACAUUGAAUAUUAUACAUUCAAACAUCUUCUCCGCUUCGUCAAAAUGGUGAAAAUGAAUUCGUCCCGAACCGCUCUCUUUUUAAUAAUAUUCGGUUUAUUUCAAUUGGCUUUUAGUGUUUUGUCAGCUUUUCCGCCUUCACGUAAAAGAAUUGGAAGAGUUCCUUUAUGGAAUGCGACUUUAGUGGAUAAGCUAAAACAAGAUUUAUUAUUAAAUUACGAUAAGUUUGCUCGACCAACUCAACACACAAAUGUUACAACUGUUAGAUUUGGUAUGGAGAUUAAACAUGUUGAGGUUAACGAGUUUAAAUCAACUGUAACUAUCGUUGGAUGGACUAGAUUGGUUUGGAGUGAUGAUAAACUAAAAUGGGAAACUGAGAAUUAUGGUGGGGUUGGGAUGUUUCAUGUUGCACCACAUGAAAUUUGGCAACCAGAUCUUGUUUUACAAAACAGUGCUACUACAACAGGAGUAGCUCAAGACAGCGUGUAUCUACUAGUUUAUAACGCUGGAGAAAUUCUUUGGGUACCAACAUCUACGUUUCCAAUACUUUGCGAGUUUAAUUUUGAAAUGUGGCCGUUCGACCAACACCGUUGCAAGUUGAUAAUUGGAUCUUGGACUUAUCACAGUGAUCAUAUUCACUUGGAAUACGAUGGAAAUGAGCUUAAAAAGAUUGUUAAUGUUCGCAAUUCCGAUGGAGUUUUAGACUGGAAUAUAACCGAUUUUGAGUAUUUGACAAACUCAAGAGAUUUUUGCUGUGGAAAUUUUUAUCCGACACUUGUAAUUAAAUUUACGUUACAAAGAAUAACAAAUUCUUAUAAAAGCUUGAUUUUGACUCCACUGAUUGUUGUUAUCGUCUUAACUUUACUUUCAUUUUGGUUACCACCUAAAUCAGAAGAAAAAAUCCUUUUAAACUUAAUAACAAUCAGCGUAAUAGUUGCUUUAAUGUUGUAUUUUGCACAAAAAUUACCGGCUUUGGGGAAUAAUACACCUUUAAUUGUUAAAUUUUACGCUUCUGCUUUGAUUAUAACAACAUUAUCAAUAAUUAAUGCGGUGUUAAUAAUUUAUUUAUCAAAAACUCCACGAAAAUAUCCAAUCCCUUGGAUAUUAAGAAAUGUAUUAAUUGGUCGCUUAGGAAUUUACCUUGGAUUAUCAAAUUAUAUAACGCAAGCUAAUUUGGGGAAUCAAAGAAAUAAACCUUUAGAAAAUCAAGACAGCUUUCAUUCAGGAAAAUAUCAAGAAGAUUGGAUUUUAUUAGCUGCAGCAAUUGAUCGAAUAUCAUUUUUAAUUUAUACAAUCAUUUUUAUCAUUUUAAUAUCGAAACAUACCGUUUAAUGUUAAAUUUGAUGUAACGUUGAAAAUUUCUGCAAAAUUGCAAAUAUAUCACAUACACAUAUAUUUAAAA